UGUGUACAAAGGGGGAAGUGUCUAAACUUCUAUGUCUGAUAGCAUUUGACCCUAUUGCUUUUAGCCUCCUGGCUUUAUUAUCUAUAUAUACACAGGUACAUGUGUAUAUGUUCUCUAACUGUUCUCCACUUGUUGAUUAUCAAAGAGAGUUGAAGGAAAUGAAUUGUGAAACUUCUCGGUGUGCUACCCUACAGUACUGUCCCGAUCCAUACAUCCAGCGGUUUGUAGAAACCCCAGCUCAUUUCUCUUGGAAAGAAAGUUAUUACCGAUCCACUAUGUCACAGAGCACACAGACAAAUGAAUUCCUCAGUCCAGAGGUCUUCCAGCAUAUCUGGGAUUUUCUGGAACAGCCCAUAUGUUCUGUUCAGCCCAUUGACUUGAACUUUGUGGAUGAGCCAUCAGAAAAUGGUACAAGAAACAAGAUCGAGAUUAGCAUGGACUGUAUCCGCAUGCAGGAUUCGGACCUCAGUGACCCCAUGUGGCCACAGUACACGAACCUGGGGCUCCUGAACAGCAUGGACCAGCAGAUCCAGAACGGCUCCUCGUCCACCAGCCCCUACAACACAGACCACGCGCAGAACAGCGUCACGGCGCCGUCGCCCUACGCGCAGCCCAGCUCCACCUUCGACGCCCUCUCUCCAUCCCCCGCCAUCCCCUCCAACACCGACUACCCGGGUCCGCACAGCUUCGACGUGUCCUUCCAGCAGUCCAGCACCGCCAAGUCGGCCACCUGGACGUAUUCCACUGAACUGAAGAAACUGUACUGCCAAAUUGCAAAGACAUGUCCCAUCCAGAUCAAGGUGAUGACCCCACCUCCACAGGGCGCUGUCAUCCGUGCCAUGCCUGUCUACAAGAAAGCUGAGCAUGUCACUGAGGUGGUGAAACGGUGCCCCAACCACGAGCUGAGCCGUGAAUUCAAUGAGGGACAGAUUGCCCCUCCCAGUCAUUUGAUUCGAGUAGAAGGAAACAGCCAUGCACAGUAUGUAGAAGACCCCAUCACAGGAAGACAGAGUGUGUUGGUACCUUACGAGCCACCGCAGGUUGGCACUGAAUUCACGACAGUCCUAUACAAUUUCAUGUGUAACAGCAGUUGUGUUGGAGGGAUGAACCGCCGUCCAAUUUUAAUCAUUGUUACUCUGGAAACCAGAGAUGGGCAAGUCCUGGGCCGACGCUGCUUUGAGGCCCGGAUCUGUGCUUGCCCAGGGAGAGACCGGAAGGCGGAUGAAGACAGCAUCAGGAAGCAGCAGGUGUCGGACAGCGCAAAGAACGGUGACGGUACGAAGCGCCCUUUUCGUCAGAACACACAUGGCAUCCAGAUGACAUCCAUUAAGAAACGGAGGUCCCCAGAUGAUGAGCUGUUAUAUUUACCAGUGAGGGGCCGCGAGACCUAUGAAAUGCUGCUCAAGAUCAAGGAGUCUCUGGAACUCAUGCAGUAUCUGCCUCAGCACACGAUCGAGACCUACAGGCAGCAGCAGCAGCAGCAACACCAGCAUCUACUUCAGAAACAGACCUCGAUGCAGUCUCAGUCUACAUACGGUAACAGCUCCCCACCUCUGAACAAAAUGAACAGCAUGAACAAGCUGCCUUCCGUGAGCCAGCUUAUCAACCCUCAGCAGCGCAACGCCCUCACCCCUACAACCAUUCCUGAUGGCAUGGGAGCCAACAUUCCUAUGAUGGGCACCCACAUGCCAAUGGCUGGAGACAUGAAUGGACUCAGCCCCACCCAGGCCCUCCCUCCCCCACUCUCCAUGCCAUCCACCUCCCACUGCACUCCCCCACCUCCGUACCCCACAGAUUGCAGCCUUGUCAGUUUCUUAGCGAGGUUGGGCUGUUCAUCAUGUCUGGACUAUUUCACGACCCAGGGGCUGACCACCAUCUAUCAGAUUGAGCAUUACUCCAUGGAUGAUUUGGCAAGUCUAAAAAUCCCUGAACAGUUCCGACAUGCCAUCUGGAAGGGCAUCCUGGACCACCGGCAGCUCCACGACUUCUCCUCCCCUCCCCACCUCCUGCGGACCCCGAGUGGUGCCUCUACCGUCAGCGUGGGCUCCAGUGAGACCCGGGGCGAGCGCGUUAUUGACGCUGUGCGCUUCACCCUGCGCCAGACCAUCUCCUUCCCACCCCGCGACGAGUGGAAUGACUUCAACUUUGACAUGGAUGCUCGUCGCAACAAACAACAGCGCAUCAAAGAGGAGGGGGAGUGAGCACUACCAUAUGAACUCUUCCCAUGCUCUCCCUGUCUGUCUGUCUAUCUGCCUCCCUACAAGGCACUAGUGCUUGACCUUCAACGUGUCCUCCCUAGCUCCUCUCCUUCCUCUUCUCAGUUUGGCUUCUCAAGGGAAGAAGAAGUAAGAGGUUAUCUUUGAUCCAAUGUCCUACCUGGCACCUGAUUCUGAUUCUGGCUUUAAGCCUUCAAAUCUAUUGCUUGCAGAACUGAAGUUAUCGUGGCUAGGUGGAAGUGAGCAAAAGAGCAGUGGGUAUCUCCUUAAGCUGCAAAGAUUUCUCAUUGACUUUUAUAAAGCAUUUUCACCCUUAUAGUCUAAGACUAUAUAUAUAAAUAUAUAAAUAUACAGUAUAUAUUUUUGGGUGGGGGGCAUGGAGUAUUGUUUAAAUGUAAUUUAAAGGAAAGGAAAUUGAGUUGCACUUAUCAGCUUAUUUUUUUAAUUUACUGGUUCGGAGGGCUUAUCUAUGCCCCUCUUUCAAGGGGUAUCAUGUAUGGUAAUAGGUAUCGAGACAUUGAUAGCACAUAUGAAUGACAGAAAUGUCCUUUCAGUUCUUCUGAUGCGAAGCAAUUGCCACAUCAAAGCUUUGGAUGGAUCCAGUUGUUUUUACCAUUGCAUAAUGUGUGUAUGAGAAAGUCUUCUUAUGUACAUGGUUCUCUGUGUUGGUGCACCUUAUGUCGCUGACAUUGCUACUAGUGGUGGCUGUUCACUCUGGGGUUAUUUAGUCCAGUUAGAAGAAAAAGCCCAUGUUCUCACUAUCACACCCUAGAAGAAAGGAAGUAUCCUCUCUUGCUUUGGGUUGGGUGUGGAGAAUGUGGGUCAUGGCUAAAAUUCUUAAAAGUUCCCUGGCAGCUAGUUCAAAAACAUCAGGUAUCAUGUUAUCUGGGUAUAUUAACAACCCCCCUUCAUUCAUCUAAUACCAGAUGCCUUAUCUUUUGGUUUGUAUUUGGAAAAUAUUUGUGGCUAAGUUUCAAUCCUGGACUUAGUCAAUGAUACAUUUGCUUGUUAGAACUGAAAUUGUAGUGUCUAUUCAGAAUAUCCAGGAAAAACAGGAAUCAUACACAAAUAGCGAAUCUCCAUUAAGCAGUGAGAGACAUCAGGGAGUCAUGAAUUGAAAUUCUUAAAAGAGCUUUUGAAACAUAGCUAAUAUUAUUUGGUGCAUGUUUCUUCUGAAAACUCUUCUAUUGUAUAAAAUUCUGCAUGUAGAGGCUGGUUUAUCAUUUUCUCUUCAAAUUUUAAAACAGGAGUAGUGAUCUGGAAAAUCUAAAAUGAUGAGAUCAGUGUUCCUGUGGCAUCAGUUGGAUCGCCCUAUCACUUUUCAUUCUUGAUCAAUAGGAGUUUGACUUUGUUGGAAAAUAACUGUGAGAAUUCAAUUUCCCGUCCAUCUCUCUCCCGGACUGUCACAGCCAUAAAAUGUCCCCACAGAUCAGGGGAUAAGCCAGUGGAGGUGUUGUUGGAACCACAUAAACAGAUGGUUGUCUUCAGACUUUGGGAAAAUGUGUAAAUGAUAAUAUUCCUGUAGAUCUUUCAGAAAGAUGCUUUUUCUUCCAAACUCUAAAACAAAUAUUUUGUACAUAGGCUAAUGAGCUCUAAAAUCCUUCUGUGCAUUCUGAUAAAGAGCUGUGAUUGCACAUAAGCUUCAACUGUCGUUUUAAAGUGCAAAAGAACUAAUGUUGCUCAAAGUAUAAUGUGUGAGUUUCACCAGGAAAGUGUAUAUAUGUUUUGUGUGUGAAAUUGCAUACUUUGUCUCUCAAUUUUUAUUGUCUUCUUGGGCUAGCAGGUUUUCCAGAACCACAGUUGAAACUUUAUUUUUUAUUAUUAUUAUUGUUUUUAUAUUUUCAUGGAAACAUCAUUUAGUAAGACUACAAUGUCAAACAAGGAAAACAAAAAUACCAUUACUGUAAGAUAGGGGGAAGGGAAUGUUGUUUUUUAUUAUUAUUUUUAUUUUGUACGUUCAAGAAAGUGAGUCCUUGAUUUCAAAGUUUUAUUGUGCUUAAAUGGUAAAGGGCAAACUGUUAAUUUGUGCAGUAAGUAUGCAGCUUGGCUUGGAAAACCUACCGAGGGGAAGAGUAAAAGAGGUACAUUGGCAAUGCUCAGAGGGCAGAUAGCUUCCCCCACUGUCCUGAGUGUCUGAACGAACCUAGGACCUCCUCUGAGCUAUUUCGGCACUGUUCAGGUAGCAUCAGGGACUCAGAAAUUCCUGUACUGUAUUGUACGUGUUUGGCACUAGCCAAGGCUAGGCACAAUGGCUGGCCUCAUGUCUUGGUGGCAGCUAGGAUAAAGGGUGAAUGAGUAUUCAGGACCGACAAGUGGGAUUGGACUUAGUGGAGAUCUUGGCAGAGUGGGAGGUGUUCAGCUCAAUGCAGUCUGCUGAAGAGUGGAUGGGUUUUUGUUUGGAAGUGAUGAGAAGCAGAACUUUCUUCAUUAAAUCCAUUUGUCUUUUGUUUUCUUGAUAUCCUCCUAAAGUACAUUAUGUGGGAUGUUGAAUGUUAAAGGUUGAAUUUUUUUAUUAUUUUUAUAAUUGUACAAAAGUUAAAUGUCAAAUGUUUUAUAUGCUUUAUUAAUGUUUUGAAAGUUUCUUUCUUAUAGAUGUGAUACUUUUUUUUUUUUUUUUUUUUUUAAAUCUUCUGUUGCUUGUCUUUGGUAUUUUGUGUAGUGGGCUUUUGGUGAGCCAGAGGCAAAUCCCCAAGUCACUUAUGUUUGCCAGGACAUGCAAUAAAAUUUAAAAAUAAAUAAAAAUGCAUUGAGAAA